AUGCAUUCUACCAUGAUCCUUCUGGGUAUCUUGUUUGGCAUGCUGACCCACACGUACGCCCUACCUGUCAAGAAUUCAACUGCAGUUCAUGAGGGAAAAGUGAGGUUGAAAAGAAAAUACUCAGAGGAAUAUUUAGAUUUUGACAGCAUGAAUGCAAUGGACAAAAUCCUGGAAGCCAACAGAAGACUGAGAAGCCCCAGGGGAAUAUCAUUCAGAGAGGGGGAUAUUGCCACCUCAUAUAUACGGAGUGCCAUAACCUGCCCUGGCAACGCCUGUCUGUGGCCUAAAUCAGUUGAUGGAUUUGUUUAUAUACCCUUCAUCAUGUCUCCACUAUACGAUGAUAUGGACAGAAUCACAAUAGAAACCGGAAUGCAGGACAUCUCUUCUGGAACAUGCAUCAAAUUUGUUCCUCGUACACAUGAAGCCAACUUCCUUGACAUCCAGCCUAGAUAUGGUUGCUGGUCGUUUCUGGGGCAGACCGGAGGAAGCCAGACUUUGUCGCUGCAGACUCCUGGGUGCAUGUGGUCAGGAGUGGCCGCCCAUGAGUUCAUGCACGCUCUCGGCUUUGUGCACGAGCAGUCUCGCUCAGACCGAGACCACUACGUCACGAUUGUGUGGAAAAACAUUAUGCCAGACCGCAUACAUAACUUCAGGAAACAGGUGACAAACAACCUGAAUACUCCAUAUGACUACAGCUCUGUCAUGCAUUAUGGACGGUAUGCUUUCUCUGAAGAUGGUGGACCAACAAUAAUCCCCAAGCCAGAUCCUUACAUUCCCAUCGGCCAGCGAGAUGGACCCAGUGUUCUGGACCUCCAUAAAAUAAAUAUGCUUUAUAAUUGUGGCUCUAUGGAGUAGGUGGAUCCAGAAUGUCGACAUGCUCUCAAAACCAGUUUGUUAAUGACUCCAUACUCAAGGCUGUG